AUGUCAGGAAACCCAGGCUCGCUCCUCCGCCUCCCCAACGAGGUCCUCGAUAUAGUCAUCGAGUACAUAACUAAGCCACGCGAUUACUUCCAUCUAGCGCGAACCUGCCACCGCCUGUGGGAGCACAACGACCCGAUAUACACGUGCGUGAAGCUAGACGCAGGCAUCCUCUGGCGCAACAUAGUCGGCUGGCCCGGAUCCGGCAUCCGGCGAUGGCCCAGCGGCUACGAGCCGCUGCUGUACUGGAGUCUGCGCACGCGACAGCCCGUGCACGUCGUAAUGCGCUUCGUCGACAGCUACUACCGGGUGUACCCAGAGGUGCUCCGGGGAUCGCGAACGUCGGCUCUUAGGCCGGCCGCCGCGUAUGCUAUUGCCGCCGACCACCUCGACGCGCUGCAGGUCAUGCUCGACAUGCGCGUGGUACCGUCGCUGAAGAAGAUGGGCGAGCAGUAUAUGAGCUGGGCCGUCGAGCUGGGCCAUAAUCUCGCCAUCCCGCGCUGGCUUGUUGAGAACGGGGUCCGGGUUACUAUGCCGCAUAUGCUUGCUCUUGAUAGGAGGGAGCUUGCGCCGAGUCCUGACGCUGACUGGCAGUGGUUUUGGAGCCAUUAUAGCUCGUCCAUCGCGGGCAACGCGGGAAAUGUGAGUAAUAUAGGUGGGCCGUAA